GAAGCCAUUAACCUCACGUUGUCAAAAACACAAAACCUCCUCUCUCUCUCUCUCGUCUUUGUCCUCUUCGCACGCAGCACGCUGUUUCUUGUUUUUCAAAUUAGGUGAAAAGAUAUUUCUACGGUCCAUGGUCAAAAAACCCUUCAUAAAUAUAUAUAACAGGGAGAGAGAGCGAGAGAGAUAGGAAACGUUUCUCUUGUGUGUUGUUGGAAUCUCCGUCCCUUUCGUUGAUCGACGCGAGGUUUGGUGGUGCAUCGAGACAUGGCUGCCUCGAAGCUCGUGGCUUUGUUACUUCUUGCCUUGGUUUUCACCACCACUGUCUUCGCCGAUGCUGGAGUCGGCAGUGAUGAGGCGGAGAUUGUUGAUGCCGCCGGAUCCGACGGCUCCUCUAAGAUCCAACUGGAUCAGCUUAACGCCAAGAUCCGUUCCCUAGAAUCCCAAAUCGAUGAGAAAGCCCGUGAAGUUAAGGGCAAAGACGAUUUGGUAGCAGAGAAGGAGAAACUGCUCCAAGAAAAGGAAGACAAGAUCACUUCCUUGCAGACAGAAGUCUCUUCACUACAAAUAAAGGGAUCAUCAGACUCUUCAAAACAGUUGGGAAAGGCUCAAGCACGAGUUUCUGAAUUAGAGAAGCAGGUCGAGGUACUCAGGAACUUCUUGGAGCAAAAAAACAAGGAGAAAGAUUCUACUGAAGCUCGGACUAAUGAAGCUGAGAAAAAACUAAGUGAACUUAACUCGAGCAUUGAGAGACUUCAGAAGACAAAUGAAGAUCAGAAGAACAAAAUAGGAAAACUUGAACGUGCUAUUAAAAUAGCUGAGGAAGAAAUGUUGAGGACAAAGCUUGAAGCAACCUCGAAGACUAGGGAACUUCUGGAGGCUCAUGGUUCGUGGCUUCCCCCUUGGCUUGCUGCUCACUGGUUUAGUUUCCAGACAUAUACCGAGACACAUUGGAAGGCUCACGGGAAACCUGCUGUGGAGACAGUAAUUCUAAAGGUGUCGGACGCAAGGGCUCAAGCUGGGAAGUGGGCUGAACCACAUUUGGAAAAUGUUAAAACUAAAUAUAUUCCAGCCGUCAAGGAAACUGUUGCUACACAUGUUCAGCCGCACGUCCGAACACUAUCCAUCAAAGCAAAAGAGGCUUACGAUGCAUCCAAGAGUGCUGUUUCCCCUCAUAUCGUCACGGUUCAAGAACUUGUAGACCCCUAUUAUCAGGAGGCUAAAAAGUUUAGCAAGCCAUAUGUUGACCAAGUGGCAACGGCCACGAAACCACAUGUUGAUAACAUUAAGGUUGCCAUGAAGCCUUACACUACCAAGGUGAUCAUCGUUUAUACAGAGUUCCUUGAAUCCGCCACGACUUAUCACCAUCAGGUCCAAGCCCAUGUCGAACAAAAACUAAAGAGCCAUGAGCUGACGGAGGCUUUUGCUACCUAUGAGUUUGUUUGGUUUGCGGCUUCUGCGUUGUUGGCGUUACCCAUCUUCUUUGCAUACAGAGUGCUCUGUUCCCUCUUCUGCACAAAGACAAAGAAACCUGUUAAACACCCUCAUCACCAUGGUCGUCGUAAGACCAAAAGGGGUCACUCUGACAAGUAAAAAUUCAUUGUUCCACGCGCUCAAAAUAGUUAAGGAGGUUAAAACACCUUUGUCGCGGACUCUUCUAAGUCAUUGGAUCACCGGUCGGGUUGCUUUGUUUUUUUUAGGCUCUGCUCUUGGUGCAAAAGUGUCACCUCUUUUCCUUUACUGUUUUGUGCUGUUUUGGACAAUUUUUUUACGUCAUUUUACACAGAAUAUUAGACAUUAUUACUAGAGCAAAUCUAGCAAAGCUUGGUGUAUUUUAGUGUAUUUUUUCCAUAUCACGUGGAUAUAUUGGGAUGUCCUUAGUUUCUUUCACACAGUUGUUUCUUUUUAAACUGAUCUUCUUUUUUUUUUUAAGAAUCAAAAUCUCUCGUUUUUAUGUCUGAUUCCGUGAUAGCCUUUCUUUGUCU